AUGGGACCUUCUAACAAUACUCAAUUCCACCCCACUUCCUUUCUGUUGCUGGGAAUUCCAGGGCUGGAAGAUCUUCACAUCUGGAUUGGUUUCCCCUUUUGUGCUGUGUAUUUGAUUGCUCUUGUAGGGAAUGUCACUGUGCUAUUUGUGAUACAGACUGAGAGAAGCCUCCACCAGCCCAUGUUCUACUUCUUGGCUAUGCUGGCUACCAUAGACCUAGGUCUAUCCACUGCCACUAUUCCCAAGAUGCUCGGCAUAUUCUGGUUCAACUUGAGAGAGAUCAUGUUUGGUGCCUGCAUCACCCAGAUGUAUGCCAUACACAUGUGCACUGGCCUAGAAUCCGUGGUGCUUACAGUAAUGGCUAUUGACCGCUUUGUGGCUAUUUGCAACCCUCUAAGAUACACCAUGAUCCUCACUAACAAAGUAGUAGCUAAUCUGGGGAUAAUGAUUAUAGUGAGAUCUCUACUUUUUGUGACACCAUUCAUAUUUCUUAUUCUGAGGCUUCCAUUCUGUGGUGCCCACAUCAUUCCCCAUACAUAUUGUGAGCACAUGGGCCUAGCUCGUCUGGCCUGUGCAAGUAUUAAGAUCAACAUCACCUAUGGUCUUGUGGCUUUCUCUGUGGGCUAUUUAGACCUUUCUGUGAUUGGUUUUUCCUACGUCCAAAUCCUAAGGGCUGUAUUCCGCCUCCCUUCUCAUGAUGCCAGGAUCAAAGCUCUCAGCACUUGUGGCUCCCACGUAUGUGUCAUGCUGGCCUUCUACACUCCAGCCCUCUUUUCUUUUAUGACCCAUCGGUUUGGCCACAACAUCCCUGGUUAUAUCCACAUCCUUCUAGCCAAUCUGUAUGUGGUUGUUCCACCUGCCCUCAACCCUGUCAUCUAUGGGGUCAGGACAAAACAAAUUCGUGAGCGAGUGCUAAGGAUUCUUAAUCCCAAAGGUUCUUAA